AUGUCGAAAUGUCUUUGUAGGUCUGACCAACUUCCACCUCCGACACUACCGCACGCACUUGCGGAAACCAUAACUUUGGCCGCUUCUUCGCCAAUGUUAGAUCAUGAACCAGAUUCUGGGGUACGACCAUCGACGUCGCUGUUAUCAGCUGUACCCUUUGGUGCUGCUGAUGUACCACCGGCAGGUAGACUAAGGCUCCGAUAUAGGACCACAACCUUGGGCGGGGCCAUCAUGGGCAUUGUCGUCAAAGGCAGCAAUGUCAUAGGCAGGUUCGGUGCCCUCGCCGCCAUGCAGCAAGAUGACCUUUCAUCGUUUGUUACAGGCAGCGAAGCAAGCUCUGACGAAAGCGACGAAGAGGAGGAAUUGGCGCGUCCGUUCCUGCCUCGGACGGUCAUCAGUUUGAUGGACACAACGAUCGACAUCGAGCCUGGUGAUAAAGCCACCUCCUUCGCUCAUUCAACCACCACUGACUGGGAUAGGUUGCCUACCGCCGCCGCUGUACUUACCAGUGCCAUUGAUUUAAACUAUCUUAAAUAUUCAACGCCAGCCUACAUUCUUUAUAAGAUCAUCUAUCCACUUUGCAAGAGAUUUUUCAGCAAUGUUCGUAUGUUAGAGGUCUAUAUAGACGUUGUUAACAAAGGAGAAAAGGAUAAAGAAAAAAUAGACAAAGAAGUCAGUGGUGAGAUAAUAGGAUCGGAAGAAAAAAAGGAACAAGACAAAGGAUACGAGAUCAAUGGUGCGGCAUUUGAUUCAAUUAUAAUUCCUUUAGAUAAAGAUUUGUUAUUUGAUUUAAAUAAUAUUGAAGAAAUAUGUGAUAAUCUAGAAGUUUUGGACGAAACAGGUGUCAAUGUCGACUACAGCAAACAUAAAAUAACCAAUAGAAAGCGAAAUUGCAUUCAAGAAGAGAAGUGGAAAAUUAAAGCACAAAAGAUACCUAAAUUAAAUACAGAAAAGAAAAUAUUUUUCCAAUAA